AUGGAUUUGACAACCUGGGCUCUUCCACAAUUGUCGAGGCUUUUGCCGUUGGAUAAUGAGUCCCUCAAGGAAGUCAUCACUUACACGCUGUCAUUGCCCAACCCAGAGGCAGCAGACCAUCUUCAGAAUCUUUUGGGAAGCAGCCCGCAAGCUCUUGAAUUCAUCACAUCUUUCAAUAACAGAAGACCCAAGACUUCUGCUGGACCGCAUCAGUCUACAUUCAAUCAACUGUCGGAAGUGCCCCGGGUCAAGGCACGCAAAAAGAAGCCUGCCUUAGGAAAGCUGCCACCGCCACGGCGACCUGAGGACUACGGUAACGUUUCUGGUGCGUACAUCAAGAAAGAUGAGGAGGAUUAUAUGACUGGAAGUUCAAGACCUAAAGCUGCAAAAUUUGGCCUUCAAGAGAAGCCAGACGCGCUGCAAAUAUCGACAACGGCUACCUCUUCAGGAACAGCCACGCCGACAUCGCGUAGUGUCUCACCGCUUCCACCUAAAUCAAAGCUUCCUCCAUCUGCUGCUGGCCAAUUAAUCUCAGAUUCCAAGUCGCGAAAUUCAUCGCCCAAGUCUAAGACCAAGAUCAGCCUGUCAGGUGGCACACCGAUGCAUGGAGCAUCGACGGCUCUGAAUGAUCUAGAGUCCGCUAUCAGAACCUUGGAGAUUCAAACAAACCCCAGCCUGAUUUCACAAGACAAUGGUAAGCGGAAGUGCAACUGUAUGGCAACGCGACAUCCGCUCCUAGCGGCCGCGCCCAACUGUAUAAACUGCGGAAAGAUCAUCUGCGUGAAAGAAGGCAUCGGCCCGUGCACAUUCUGUAACACGCCACUGCUGAGCGCCUCAGAGAUCCAAUCAAUGGUCAGCGUGCUACGGGAAGAACGAGGAAAAGAGAAGAUGGCCGCGAACAACGCCAGUCAGAAGCGCGCUGAGGUAUCCUUAGCACCACGCCCAUUCUCAACACCCGGAGCCACUACACCAGCAUCCUCUAAUCCUGCAUCCGAUGUGGAAUUGGAAAAUGAAAAGCUAGCAAAAGCCAAACAGCACAGGGACAAGCUGCUCGCAUUCCAAGCCCAGAAUGCAAGGCGAACACAAGUGCACGAUGAGGCUGCUGACUUUGAGACCACGACUGCCGGACUGAGUAUGUGGGCUAGUCCACAGGAGCGUGCUAUGCAACUCAAGAAGCAACAGAAGGCACUGCGUGAGCAAGAGUGGAAUGCCAGACCCGAGUACGAGAAGCGCAAAGUAGUGGCCAGUAUCGAUCUGUCUGGCAAGAAGCUAGUGCGCCGAAUGGCUCCCACCGAGCGGCCCGCAACACCGGAAAGUGAAGAAGAACCUGCUGAGGAGACAUCCGGGCCUACGACAUACUACCACAAGAGCCUCUCCAAAGGAAGCGGCGCUUUUAGUACAAAUCCGUUGUUGGGAGGCUUGAUCAGGCCUACCUUCAAACUGGAUGAGAGUAAAGGCAAGGAAAAGUCAUCCGAGAGAAAGCAGGCAUGGCGACGAGUACAAGACGACAAUGAUGAUAACGAGCAGUGGAUUUUAGAUGGAGGUGUUUACGGCUCUGGAGCAGACAAUGUGAGCUUGGAGAUGGACGGGUUGAGAUGA